AGCGACUAACAAUGGCUACAGGUCCUACCGUUUCACAUGAGGUGCCACUCAUUAACCUCUCCGAUAGGCCAAAGUUGCCAAUGUUCACUUCCUUUCCUGCCCAAUCCGGGAAGUUUAUCAACAUCGUUCAAAGGAUUGGAGCCAAUUAUCUAUUGCUGGGCAUACAUUUGUUGAAUGAUGAGACUGGCUCUAUAACACAGUCAAUAAUAUCGUCUGAUCCAAAAUCACCAACCAACAUCAUUCUCAACAUCCUAUCAUGUUGGCUACAAGGUGGUGGAAGAAGGCCAGUGACCUGGGUCACUUUUAUUAAUGUCCUAACACAAAUCGGUCUGUUGGAAUUGACUAAAGAACUAUGUUUCAAGGGCAGCCAUCAUGAGGACCCUCAGAGUCCCCAGCUUACUGCUAUUCCUGGAUCUGCAGUAUCUUCACCCUCUGUCCCACCAGGUUCCCGAUUAGCUACUUCAUUUUCUGUUAAUUGUAUGUUAGUGUAACUUUCGUGGCCUGCGCUGCAGUAGUGGCAGAGUCACAGACUUCCAAUUAAAUCAUCGGCGCCCCUUAGGAGCAUGGUUGAGUAUUCAUAGGCAGUGAGGUACAGAGAGCAAGGUGUGAAUGAAUCAAUAGGUUUGUGUGGUGAAUGCUGUGGUGUAGCAUGUACAACAAUAUAAUGAGAGCGAGAUAAUGAGAGCGAGA